AGUUUUUUGUACUACAUCCUCCCCUUCAACUGGAGGUUUACAUAUGUGCCCAUACUCAGUGCUUCAUCUUUGGAGAUAUUAGAUGCUCCAGGAACUUUCAUGAUGGGAUGUAAUUCUAGACAUCUGAAUGAAGUCCAGAGGGUUGAAGGUCUGAUUGUGGUCAACAUUGACGAGGGCACGGUGGGUGUUAACACAAGAAGAGGGUUAUCACCACCCAGCUCAUGGUCAUCCUCAAGCUCCCAGCAAGACUUGGCUCUCAGUGAGGACAUGACCCCACUCAUCCCAAAUCUCCCAGCAGAACCAGUGAAUAUUUUCAAGCACAUCUGUAAGAGAGCCAAGUUUCAGAUGGAGCUGUCGGAUGUUCAGAGACCCUUUUACUAUGACAUUGAAGAGGAAAGAGCAUUUCGGAUGAAGAAAUGUUUGCAGUUCAACACAGAGAUUAGCUUUGCAUUUCUUGAAAUGAUGGUGAACCUCUUCAGAGGAACAUUAUCAUACCUGCGGAUUGAACUUCGUCGAUUUAAUAAACAACUGUUUAUGGAGAGCAUUCCUGAAUGUGAUAAGCCUUUCUAUGAGAAGGUACUGAGUACAGACAUGUUCAAGCAGUUUUUAGAGGAUCGAUUGAAUGAGAAGAUUGAUUAUUGGUCAGACUAUGAAAGCAGAACUCGACCUUAUGCUAAACAUACUGGGAACCUAGAUUUGCUAAUUCCUGGGCAGAGACAUCAGAAAAAGCCAGACCGGAGACAGAUGUCUGUAACUACAUUUUCUACCUUGGCCCCAAGGGUUUUUGAAGUCUUCCGAUUGCCUGGUCUAAAUGAUUCAGUUACCUACAUAAAAAAUGCCAUCCUGAUGCUUAACAAGACUAUAGAGGAAUGCAGAAACCUCUACUACAGAUCUUCCUACAUCUACUUGAGAGGCAUGUUUCAUGCAGCCGAAGAUAAUGUUGAGAGCGCACUGGAUGAUCUGCUGAGUUUACAUACUCACAAUGCCAGACUGUUGCCCAUAAGGUUGGUCUGCAAGCUUCUUCAGUCAUUUCCAGAAGAUGAAAGAGAGGAGCUGUUGAGAAGGAAGGGAACAACUCACCUCAUCGAGUUGGUUCACGACUUGGAGCAUGAGAGAAUCACUCCUGGCAGGAGAAUCAUGGAUAACAUCUCCAUACCUGACUGUGAUCUUAAUCUUGAGGACUUUGUUGAAACUGUCUCUCUUCUGGACAUGGCCACAGAUUAUGAUACCAUUCAAAGACUGUUUCUAGCCCUGUGUCAGCCUCAUAGACCAACACAUGUAGAGAAAUAUACUUUUGAUGUUCUGAGGUUGUCAUAUGAAGAGAAUCAGACUCAGUGUAAGGCUUUGACAUUGUCUGAUGGCUGCUUACAGGUCAAUGAAGUCAUCCUCAGAGUUUCCAGCCUCAUCAAGACAGACUUUGGCAUGGGAAGAAUUGUGCUUACAGACAAGAGAUUGUUUUUCAUAAAAGAUGUCAGCAACACGUACAGGGAAAUAGUGAAGCUAAGAUAUAUUGCCAAACUGGAGAAGGUUCAGUACCACUCGUUCUUGAUGGCCGUAGAUGCACUAGUCAUCACAGAUUUGGCAAACAGAGUGAAGUUCACUGCCUGGCUGAAGAAUGAACGUAACCUGUGGUGUGUCUUGAUUGAGGAGAUGAGAGCUGGCAAGAUUGUAGCAGAAGCCACCAAAGACUUCACUGCCAUUGGCCAGGCUGUUCAGAAUGUCCUCCUGCUUGAUGCCAUUAUCAGAAGUGGACAAGAUGAGUCUGUUACCCAUUAUGGACAGGUAAACUGUGCUGUGGAAACUUUAUGCUUCUUCACUUCUUACAUGGCCGAUGAUCGUCACAAUUUGCCAAAGGACACUGUCUCAGCCUUGCAACAUCGAGUGGACCCAAAUAUUGGGCAGCGGGAAAGAAAGACAGUUGAAGUUAUGUUAUACACUUCAGAUUUAAAUAACAGCAAUUCCCCACGACUGUGGUGUGGUAUGGGAGAUGGGAAAGUUAGGGUUUUUGAUGCCACAAACUGGACACUGGAGAGGAGUUUUGUACAAACCAAACAUACUGUGUCUGCCCUGAUAUCUGUUGGUGAUACUCAAGUCUGGGCUGGUUCUCAUGGAAUCUUUAUUAUUGAGACUGAGACAGUGAGCUGUAACAACACUUUGACAGACCAUCCGGAUUUGGUAGUAGAUAUUGUUCUCGCAAACCAGGGCAGAUAUGCAUACAGCGCUAGUGUGGAUGGGACUAUUAUUCGUUGGGAACUGCAGACACUGCGAGCUGUGAAAAAAAUUCAGCUGUCUGAAACACACAGCCUUCGCAGUAUAAAACUUUACGAUAACAAGCUCUGGUGUGGAACCUGGCCACACAUUAUAGCCUUGGACUUGGAGGGCAACCCUCUACAGACGUUCACCCACAUGCCUGAUAGUAAUACAGGCAAAAUUCUAGAGCUGGACUGUUUUGAAGUUUUUAAUGAUGAGAUUUGGGCUGGCUGUCGCAGAGAGAGCCAGGUGGUUAUUUGGGAUGAGAAGACAACUAGGAAGAAGGAAAUUCUCAGACCCGACUGCAGGGGAGUCAGUGUCAUUUUAUUAUUUGGUGACAAGGUGUGGGUUGGAACCAAGGACGGGACUAUCUUUAUCUACAAUGCUAUCAGCAAACAGCUGUGGAAGACAAUUAAAGCUCAUGACGAUGCCGUCAGGUCCCUGUGUGCUGCAGAAUCUCGCUAUAUUAUGUCAG